GAAAAUGAAAAGAUUUAUUAUUUAAUUGUGGAUCUUUUGAACCCUGUGAGUCGUGAAUUAGCUCUUCUAGAGUUAAGUAAGAAACGAGAACAAUGGGAUGAUCUAGCACUUGUACUUUGGCACUCGUUUGGUGUCAUGUCUUGUUUACUUCAAGAAAUCGUGACGGUUUAUCCACUUUUAUCACCUCCAUCUUUAACAGCCAACGCAUCCAAUCGAGUCUGUAACGCAUUAGCCUUAUUACAAUGUGUUGCAUCACAUAAUGAGACCCGAGGAUUAUUCUUACAAGCACAUUUACCAUUAUUUCUUUAUCCGUUCUUAAACACGACCUCUAAGACCCGACCGUUUGAAUACCUAAGAUUAACAUCCUUAGGUGUCAUUGGAGCCUUGGUUAAACAAAACGAUAAUUCAGAUGUGAUCAAUUUCUUAUUAUCAACUGAAAUCAUUCCAUUAUGUUUAAGAAUCAUGGAAACUGGAUCUGAAUUAUCUAAGACGGUGGCGAUCUUUAUUGUACAGAAAAUCUUACUUGAUGAAAUGGGUUUGGCUUAUAUCUGUCAAACCUAUGAAAGGUUUUAUGCUGUGGGAACUGUUUUGAGUAAUAUGGUGAAUCAAUUGGUCGAAAGUCAAGCGGUUAGAUUACUUAAACAUGUGGUUAGAUGUUAUUUAAGAUUAAGUGAUAAUCUAAGGGCUAGAGAAGCUCUUAGAGCUUGUUUACCUGAACCACUUAGAGAUGCAACAUUUUCUCAAGUCUUAAAAGGUGAUUUAGUUACCAAAAGAUGUUUAGCUAGUUUACUU